CAUUUCAUGAACACCCCAAAAGGAUCAAUAUAAAGUAUUAAUCACAUGUCACAGUCCACAAGAAAGUUUGCAAAUAAUAAUAGACUUUGUUCAAAGCCCCUCACUGUGUUCGACGAAUCUACUUAGUCACAAUGCAUGCCAUGAAGUUUCAGAAUUGACCCAGGUGCUGCCUUUCUCAACUACUCAAGAACCCAAAUCAUGAAUUCUGGUGAUCAGCUGCAAGAAGUAGUCUGCUUAAUGAGUGUUCAUUCUCUAUGUGCAGAUUUAUCACUUGCUCUGGUGAGUGGUGGUGAUUUCAAGAGAGAGGCUUUGGUUCUUCCAGAAAUUCAAGGUGCUAUCUUUUAUAUGUAGAAGCUUCUUCUUUAAGAACAAAGAUAAUUUCUUCUUGAAAUUAUGGUUGUACAGAUAGGUAGUUUGGCAAUGAGUUCUAAGAGAGCCAGCAGUUUUCAAUCCUUGUUAAAACCCUUUGAGGUUUAAGAAGAAUUUAGCUUCCAAUUCGAGAUGGGUGUCUCUCUUUCCAUGCCUUGUUCUUUUAAUAUGCUGACUUAAUGGGCAUUGCCUUUUCUAUAUUUUGUGGGAGCAAUUACAUGCUUUUAUACUUAAGGUGAAUUUCAUUGAUUGCAUUUUUAGCUGUGUUUGGUGCCCUGAAUGUCAUCAAUGUCAGAAAAGAGUAGGAUUCCGUCAAGAUUCAUUUCCUCCUUGAUAACAGUUUCUGUGUUCCUUUUAGUUCUUUCUUCUGUGUUCCUUCUUCAAUCUGGCAAUACAUCUUUCAUUCCCAGAUCAGUAUUUGAGCUUAUGCUUGUUAAUGGCACAUCAGUGUACUUUGAGCCUCAUGUGAAAAAGGAACCAUUUAAACUUCCUUUCCUCUCUUCUGAGGUUCCCCAAGUUGAUGCUAUAAAACCCUUAAAAAGAAUAAGUGAAUCAGCUUGUCAAGUUUCGGAUUCGAGUAAGAAAGUGGAAUCUGUAGAAAGAAAGAAAAUGAUGAUCUGUGACUCGAAGCAGGCUCGUUUGAGGGUAUUUAUGUAUGAGUUGCCUCCUGAAUUUCACUUUGGGUUAUUGGGUUGGAAGGGAAUGGAGAAUCAAACAUGGCCACAGCACAUCCCACCUUACCCAGGCGGGCUGAAUUUACAGCACAGUAUAGAAUAUUGGCUCACCCUUGAUCUUUUAUCAUCAGAUAACCUAAAUGUGGUCAGACCUUGUACAGUAGUCAGGGUGCACAAUUCAAGUGAAGCUGAUUUUAUUUUUGUGCCAUUCUUCUCAUCUCUGAGUUACAACCGGCAUUCUAAGCUUCAUGAGAAGGAGAAAGUCAGUGUCAACAAGAGGUUGCAGGACAAGUUGGUGCAGUUUUUGAUGGGCCGGAAUGAAUGGAAAAGAAAGGGUGGAAAGGAUCAUUUAAUAGUUGCUCAUCAUCCAAAUAGCAUGUUGGAUGCAAGAAAGAAAUUGGGUUCUGCCAUGUUCGUGCUUGCAGAUUUUGGAAGAUAUCCUGCUGAAAUAGCAAAUCUUGGGAAGGAUAUAAUCGCGCCUUACAGACAUUUGGUGACGACUGUUCCCAGCAGCAAAUCAGCCACAUUCAAGGAGCGCCCUAUACUAGUGUAUUUCCGAGGAGCAAUUUACAGAAAAGAUGGAGGAGUAAUUCGCCAAGAAUUGUAUCAUCUUCUCAAAGACGAGAAAGAUGUAGACUUCACUUUUGGUAGCAUUGGAGGAAAUGGUGUUCGCAAGGCAACCCAAGGAAUGGCCUCAUCAAAGUUUUGCCUAAAUAUAGCUGGCGAUACCCCAUCCUCAAAUCGCCUAUUCGAUGCCAUUGCUAGUCAUUGUGUUCCAGUAAUAAUUAGCGAUGAGAUUGAGCUACCAUUUGAAGAUGUCUUAGACUACUCACAAUUUUGCAUAUUUGUUCGAGGGGCUGAUGCUGUAAAGAAGGGUUACCUACUGAAACUUCUUCGAGGAAUAAACAAAGACAAGUGGACCAAAAUGUGGGAAAGGUUGAAGGAAGUUGUACAUCAUUUCGAAUAUCAAUAUCCCUCCCUGCCUGAUGAUGCUGUUGAUAUGAUUUGGCAGGCAGUUUCUCGCAAGAUAUCCUCUCUACAAUUUAAAUAUCACAGGAAGAAGAGAUACGACAGGUCUCAACUUGUUUAAGAACAAAAUGGCAUUGUUCCAUUUGAAAGCAUCUGAUGUAUGCAGGUUAUGAAACAUCGAACUUUUUGUUCGAGUUGUAGAUAUUAUAUACUUUCAAGCUAAUUUUUUAUUCUUGAAACUAUCAAUGAAAAGUCAAUUCCUUUUUUGCUAUGA